AUGGCGCCCGCACAAGUCGCUAUGCCAGCUCCAGCCACGCAACCAUCGCUGAAGCUUUCAGCCCGGCAAAGCGGUCGCGAGACUGCGGAUGAUCUCAAUGAGUCCUCAAUUCGGACGGUCGAUGCUCUCAUACGCCACCGUGCGCGAACCAAUGCACAUGCCACCAUCGUGUCGUAUCCGAGUUCUGGUGUUGAAUUUGUGGAUUAUACUAUGCAGCAGUUGGAUGUUUUCGCAUAUCGUACAGCACGACAUUAUCAGGCAUGGAUUCCCAUGCGAAAGAAUUCAGAGACGAUACCGACCACGGUGGCGCUCCUCGGUCCUUCCAACUUCGACUACCUCAUCACGAUACUUGCGCUCACGAAGCUUGGACACACCAUAUUGUUCCUCUCUACUAGGAUAUCAGAAGUCGCAAUCCGGUCGCUCAUUGCCACGACUGGCGCUACGUUCCUACUCGCCGACACAAGAUAUAUGAAGACGGCUGCGGAGGUAAAGAAGAGCAUGGAAGGGUUGAAGAUAGAUCGCAUCGCAGGGAGCAGCGUCUAUGAUUUCCCGAUCGAAGUGCAUGCAGACACAAGACUGGACUAUCAUCUCGACCAAGAAAUCGAAAACCUGAACAACGUUUACAUCAUCCAUUCGAGCUCCACCGGCCUCCCGAAGCCCAUCUAUCAGCCCCACAGGAAUGCUAUUGCAAAUUAUGCUACUAGCAUGGACUUGAAAGCGUUCAUCACGCUCCCGUUGUACCACAACCAUGGCAUCUGCAAUUUCUUCCGCGCCAUCUACUCGGGCAAAUCCAUUCAUCUCUACAACGCGGAUCUACCUCUCACACAAUCCUAUCUCAACAGAAUCCUUCGGAAACACAAGUUCGAGAUCUUCUACGGCGUGCCAUAUGCUCUGAAGCUGCUCGCUGAGACCGAGGAGGGCAUUCAGUUAUUGAAAGAGCUGAAGAUCGUCAUGUACGGUGGGAGCCCAUGUCCAGAUACAUUAGGCGACCUCCUGGUGGAGAAUGGGGUUAAUCUCGUAGGACACUACGGCGCGACUGAAGUGGGCCAGUUGAUGACAUCAUUCCGCCCCACAGGCGACAAGGCGUGGAACUACGUGCGAGAGAAUGACAAGCUGAGACCAUUCCUACGCUGGGUUCCGCAGGGGCCUAAUCUCUUCGAGUGCACGGUGACCGAAGGCUGGCCGUCUAAGGUGGCGUCCAACCGCGCUGAUGGCAGCUAUGCUACGAAGGACUUAUUCGAGCCGCAUCCUUCCAUUCCCAGGGCAUGGAAGUACAUCGCAAGACUGGAUGACACGAUCGUCCUCUCCAACGGUGAGAAGUUCAACCCGGUCAUGAUGGAAGGCCGGGUCCGCUCGCAUCCAGCUGUCACCGAAACCACAGUGUUCGGUUCUGGCCGACCAUACCUAGGGAUUCUCAUCGUCCCUUCGCCGGCCGUCACGGGGCUCCUUUCGGAUCAGAUAAUUGACCAGAUCUUUCCCGUCAUCGAGGAAGCGAAUCAGACGGUUGAGGCUUACGCUCGGAUUUCGCGAGACAUGGUUAAGGUUCUUCCGCAUGACUGCCAGUUCCCGCGCACCGACAAAGGCAGUAUCAUCCGUCAGGCCUUCUACAAGCGGUUCGACAAGGAGAUAAAUGACGCUUAUGACCAGGCUGCUACCUCUAAUGGCGAUGUCAAGGCGCUCUCCGUUCCUGCGCUGGAGGAUUUCGUUCGCAGCAUCAUCUCAAGGUCUGUACCUGAAGAGAAAGCCGUCGAUCGCAACACUGACCUCUUCUCCCUUGGCCUUGAUUCUCUUCAAUCCAUCCAGAUGCGGACGGAGAUCUUGAAGGCGGUGGAUAUUGGAAGCCAGAAACUGGGUCAGAACGUCGUGUUUGAGUACCCAUCAAUUGCUGCCUUGAGUGCUCAUCUGUUCGGAUUGAGGACGGGCGAGGCUGAAGAGAAGGUUGCAAUUGAAGACAGCAUGCAAAGCCUCGUGGAGAAGUAUGGCAGCUUCACCCCUCGAUCGCGCACGCAUUCUAUCGUCGUCACCGGCGCAACAGGCUCACUCGGCGCUCAUGUUGUCGCUCAACUCGCUGUUCGUCCCGACAUUGCGAACGUAUAUUGCCUUGUUCGCGCACGCAGUGCGGAAGAUGCGAGCAUCCGUGUUCGGAAGUCUCUCGUUCAACGCAAGGUUUAUCACACUCUGCCUCUCUCGGCCCGCUCGAAGGUCAUCGCACUCCCAUCAGACCUAUCCGACCCACAUCUCCGCCUAUCAAGCGAUGUUUAUAGGACCGUCACUCAUAACCUUCGCAGCGUCAUCCACUGCGCCUGGUCCGUCAACUUCAACCUUGGCCUAGCCUCUUUUGAGAAGGAUUGUAUAGCCGGAGUGCGCCAUCUCCUCGACCUCUGCCACGCCGUCCCCUCUUCCCAGCCAGCGUCCUUCGACUUCUGCUCCUCCGUUAGCACUGUCGCGCGGUGUCCGAGUACCCACACUCCCGAAGUGCUACCGGAGCUCGAAUGGGCGCAGAACAUGGGCUAUGCACAGAGCAAACUUGUCGCCGAACGGCUCUGCAUGAAAGCAGCGGAAACUACCGGUAUCAGAGCGCGAGUACUCCGCGUUGGGCAGAUCGUCGCGGAUACCGUGCACGGCGUGUGGAAUGCCACCGAGGGUAUCCCGCUUAUGAUGCAGACGGCGCUCACGGUUGGAGCACUACCGCGCCUGCAAGAAACGCCCUCGUGGACUCCCGUAGACAUCGUUGCGAAAGCCAUAUCAGAGAUCGCGCUCUCAGACGCUAGAGCUAUCGUGGCGAACGUCACGAAUGCGAAAACCUUCGACUGGACCAGCGAUCUGCUUCCUGCCUUACGCAUGGCAGGCCUACAAUUCGACGAGGUCGAGCCGAAAGAAUGGGUACGGCAAUUGAGGGCGUCGAACCAGGAUCCCCUUGCGAACCCGCCGGUCAAACUCGUCGAUUUCUUCGCCGCGAAAUACGACCGCGAUUCCUUCCCGCCUUCACGGACGUACGAGACAUCAAUAGCGCGUUCCUUCUCGCCUUCGCUCGAUAAUGCGCCCGCCCUCGACUGCGCCUUCGUCGCGAAGUUCGUCCGCCACUUCCAGGCCACGGCGUGGAAGCAGCCCUCUCCGACUGGCCCGCCGACGACGCGCAAACGAGCCAUCAUCCUCGCCGGCCCCUGCGGCAGCGGAAAGGCAAGCAUCGCUAAAGCCCUGGCCGCAAGGCUCGACGCGCCCUUCGUCGAAGGCGACACGCUACACGCCGCCGAAGCGGUGUCUCGUAUGAGCAACGGCACCGCACUCCUCGACUCUGAUCGCAUCCUCUUGCUCGACCGCGUCAAGCGGCGCAUUCUUGAAACGCUCAACGAGCGCGGACGCGACACUGCCGUUGUGGCGUGCUCUGCGCUGAAGAAGGCAUAUCGCGAUCGGCUGAGGGGCUUGCGCGAGGAGGGCGUCGAGGUCCAGUUUGUGGAUCUGCAGCAGGUGGAAGUGGAAGAGUUGAAGAAGAGAAGGGAGGAGGGGACGGAGCGUUACGCGGGCGGGGAACCGGCGGAGAGGAGUCAGACGGAGAUGGAGAUGUACGAGCCGCCUAAUGCGGAGGAGACGGAUGUGCUGCCUGUAGAUACGGGGUGUAGGGUCGCGCGGAUAGUCGAGGAGAUUGAGAUUCUCUUAGCGCUUUGA